AUGGCGACUGCUCAACGGGGGAGAUCCGCAUGGAGAACUGUUGGUUCGAAUCUGCUCCGAUGGUGUCGAACCUGGGAUGGUGAAAAACGCACAAAUGCGAAGAUCCUCGUCGGCACACUCGUCGUCGCUGGAGCAGUCUGGUCUUGCGGCAAGCGCGUCCCAGGAGGAUAUGUUGGCUUCAUUCAAUAUCGAGAUGGGAGUGUCACGCCUUACCUGUGGGAGGAACAGGCCGUGUUUCCCUUUCUUCCCUACUUUCAGAAGCCGGUGACGGUGCGCGUGUUGCCCGCGUAUAAGAAGAUGAGCCGAAUUCUGACCACCAAGGACGGAAAGGAGGUCGAGGUCGCCGUUAAAGUUCGCCUGCAGCCGAAGGUGGCGUUCGUUCCGGAAAUUUAUCUGCGUUUCGGCCGCGAGUUUGGCCGCGCAUUUCUUCACCAGGAGUUGAGCAUCGACCUCCAAAGUGUGGUCAAGGAGCACACCUACGCCGAGUUGAUUAGCAACGACGAAAAGACUGACAAAAUCGUCGACGACAUUGUCGAGCGAUUCCAAGAUGCUGCAGCCUUCCACAAAGUCAUCAUCACAGAAGUGAGUGUGGUUUUCAGAAAUCCCGACGAUGAGGACGAGGAGGCUGAGGCAGUGUGA